AUGGAGAAAAACUACAAAAAUGAUUACGCUCAUCGGCACGGGAAAGUAUGCCUUAGAGCAUUGGUGACAACACUGAAGCGCCCGCUAAGCGAGGAAUUCUGGGACUGGAGCUGGGAAGAGUUGGCUCUUUAUGAUCUUGCCGAAAUGAUUCGAUAUGUAAAUUCAAUCACAAAAGCAAAAAUUUUGGUUGUUGGACAUUCACAGGGAACAAUCAUGUCUCUUGCUGCUUUUACUAAGCCAGAUAUCGUGGAGAUGGUCAAAGCUGCAGCACUCCUUUGUCCUAUAUCAUAUUUAGAUCAUAUCACCACAAAUUUUGUCCUUAGAUUGGUCAAAAUGCGUCUUGAUGAGAUAAUUCUUGGAUUGGGCAUCCAUGAGCUUAAUUUCAAAAGUAAUAUGGGGACUCAAAUCAUGGAUAUGAUGUGUGAAGGGCAUAUUCACUGUGACAUCUGGCUGAGUGCUAUUACAGGGAAGAAUUGUUGCUUCAAUGAUUCACGGAUUGAUUUCUAUCUUGAAUAUGAACCUCACCCAUCAUCCUCGAAAAACUUGCAUCACCUCUUCCAGAUGAUUCGUAAAGGGAAUUUUGCUAUGUAUGAUUAUGGAAUGUGGAAAAACCUCAUGCACUAUAAGCAACCUGAGCCCCCAGAAUUUGAUAUCAGCCAGAUUCCCACUUCAUUGCCAUUAUGGAUGGGUUAUGGGGGCAAUGACGCAUUAGCAGAUGUCAUAGACGUCCAACAUACCCUAAAACAGUUGAAGCGCAAGCCAGAUCUGCUUUAUAUUGAGGAAUAUGGUCAUAUUGACUUCCUCCUAAGUAUAAGGGCAAAAGAAGAUGUUUAUGACGACAUGAUUAUGUUUUUCAAUUCUGUACAAAAGAUAAGCAGUUUUAAGUAGUGGCUGAUUAGUAUACGUGUGGUGGUGCUGGCCUAUUCCAUGUUCAAAGUCUUGUAUAUAGCAUGAUGAUGUAGCUGGUGCUACCUCUUCAGACUGUAAUAGCUUCUGGCAAAUAUGGUGUGUAUAUAAAUCCAUUGCCAAUCCUUGUACAAGUGGUAUACGAGUGUACAAGUCUGUCAGCCCCUCCAAUUUCUAGGUAAAAGUUACUCCUAAAAUACAUUAUGUUUCCAUGAAAAGUAUUGCAUUCCUACUCAUUGCAGGGACUCGGAAA